ACAGGACCAGCAUUGAAAGUCACGUGGAAGAAGUGAUGGCGGUCUCGUAAGCUUGGAACAGCGUUAACAGAGACGGCGGACUGACCCGACGCGAGAGCGAUCCACUGCAACAUGCUUUGUUUACCUUCUCAAGUUGAUAUAUCCUCAUAUUGGGAAACGGUAAAGGAAAAUGAUCUUUUCCUCCUCCAGCGUCUCAAGGAACAGGAGGGUACAGCACUAAAAUCACUCUGGGCCACUAUACAAAAUGUACUUGACACAAAGCAGCCACCAUUUCGCAUAUUGUUAAGAAGUGCCGAAAGUCCCGAUGUCGGACACAUGGUUGCAACCGCCGACACCCUUAAGGCAAUGGAGAAAGACUGGACUUGGAUACAAGAAAACUUGAUGCCCGAAGUAGUGGAGUUGGAGGAUGCAUCUGAUAAAGAAGCAUAUGCGGUAUCCAAAUUCCAAUCGCUGGUGACGAGUGAAGAAAAAGACACGGACGAGAAAUCCAGCGACGCAAAGUUUCGAGCCGCUGCACGCUCAUGGCGGCAGAUUUUCCAUCUGCCUGAGGACGAACGACUGGUGAACUUUUAUAGCUGCUCCUAUCAUAAAAAGCUACUGAACCAAGGCUGGCUGUAUCUAUCGGUGUCGCAUCUAUGCUUCUACUCCUUCGUCUUUGGGGUAGAAACGAAGGUGAUGAUCGAGUUAAAGGACAUUGAGGAGCUAGCUAAAGACAAAUCUAAGCGCGGAGUAUUUGCGGAUGCCAUUAAAAUAAAAUUGAGAAAUAAAACAGAGCAUGUGUUUUCAAAUCUCUUCCACCGUGAUGAGACCUAUGAUCUUCUAGAACACUUGACAAACCUUGCUAUGCAGAAACUGUUGAAAAGCACAGCCACGGAGCCAGCUCCUGGGUUAUCGUUGCAGGAACAGGAACAGAGCUCUAUUACUGGGAUCGUUGGUUCUUUAAAGGGCCCGGGAGCGGGUACGCGACCUUUGAAGCAAAGCUUUGAAGAACAGAAGAGAAACGCGAAAUUUCAAUCAGUCUUUAACCUGCCCGCAAGUGAAAGUCUCCUCGAAGAAAUCACUGCAAUAUGCACGAUCUCAGGAACGAAGUCAAGCUUCAGUGGAAGACUCAGUUUAUCAGAUACUUAUAUUUGUUUCAUUUCCUCGGCAAAAUAUCAAUGCUAUUUGGUUCUACCUUUCUACGCAAUCAUGCGGGUAGAAAAGAUAAACAGUCAAAUGUCGACAAUUGCCAUAACUGUUCGCCAUCAACUAAAACUGCAUCUGCAAAUGACGAGCGAUAAACAGUCCGCGGACAAAUUCUGUGGGACGUUACGUGACCGACUCCAGGCGCACGUCGGACUGAUGAAGCGGCUGAAGGAAUUUCUUGCGACUUGUCCCUCAGAAGAACUACUGAACGGCAAAGAAGUGCAGAUGGGAGGUUUGGGUCUUAAGUAUGGGUUUGUGGACGGCAAACGGGCAGCUGAGAAAAACAAACUGCGCUACUGGGUUGCUUACUUUCGAGAGUUUGGGCGAAAUCUUACCUUGAUCCGACUGCCUACUUUCAUUAAGCUUGUCCGGAUAGGACUGCCGAAUACUUUGAGGGGGGAGAUUUGGGAAGUUUGCUGUGGAGCGAUCCAUAAGAGAUACAUGAACACUGGCUAUUAUGAGCAGCUGCAUAGAGACCACUCCGGGCAGGUUUCAUUGUCGACAGAAGAGAUUGAAAAAGACUUGAAUAGGAGCUUACCAGAAUACAGUGGAUAUCAGACAGAAGAGGGCAUUAAUGCCCUUCGACGUGUUCUAUAUGCGUUCUCGUGGCACGAACCGGAAAUUGGUUACUGCCAGGCAAUGAACAUUGUUGUGAGCGUUCUCCUCAUAUAUCUUACCGAGGAGCAAGCAUUUUGGAUCCUAACGGUACUAUGCGACCGUAUGCUACCAGGUUAUUACAGCACCAACAUGGUGGGAGCGGUCAUUGAUAACCACGUUUUCGAAACGUUGGUUGCAAAAUAUAUGCCCAUCAUGGCGGAGCAUUUCAAAAAGAAUGAAAUACAGCUUUCGGUCGCUUGUUUGCCUUGGUUCCUUAGCUUAUAUAUCAACUCGCUGCCCCUUCCGUAUGCACUCCGCAUCAUUGACUGCUUCUUUAUGGAGGGACCGAAGGUUUUCUUCCAGAUAGGGCUUGGUAUUCUUAAGAUCAAUGGAGAUCAAAUUAUGAAAGUGAAGGACGAUGGAGAGCUGAUGAAUAUACUGAAGACGUACUUUGCCAAGUUGGGCGAGGUGGUCCAUACCGAUGAACAGAAAGCGAAGCGGAAUAUCACCAAAUUCAAUCAACUGAUUCUAACGGCGUACCGCGAGUUCCAAACCGUUACUCAUGAAUCAAUCAUGGAUCUGCGUAAAAGCCACCAGCUAAAAGUUGUUCACGGGCUGGACUUAUACGCCAAGCGCAGCGUUGUUCGAAAUCUGAACCAUACGUCCCGUUUCAGCAAGGAGGAGCUCCUCUUUUUAUGCGAUGCGUUCUUCAGUGUCCUAUACUACGGUCGCCAGGAACCCCAAAAGAAAAGCUCAGAUCGAAUGGAACUAGACCACUUCAUCAUGUUCCUGGGGCGACUGACCGAGUGGGCCAAUGUCAAAAAAGAUGCUGACGAGCAACAAAGCCGUCUUGGCGUAGAAGCGGCACCCAAGCCCCUUGUAGGAAGCUCCUUCAUGGAAAAACUGUUCCAGCAUUGCUUUGACAGUGACCAUGACGGGUUCAUCAAUUUUCAGGACAUUGUUACUGGAUUGGGCAAGCUGAUCCACAGUGAUCUGAUGACCCGAUUAAGUCUUUUUUUCGAGCUUCACGACGCAGAUCAGGACGGGACUUUAAUAAAAGAAGAAAUUAUACAGCUCUCGGAAAGUCUUCUGUUUUUACUACGACGGGAAGAAGGGGAUCGACAUCUUGGUGCCGUAUCUGGACUUCUGAAUCGGGCAUUCAUGCUAAACACUACCUCUGAUGGUAGCCAAUGUAAAAAUGCGGAUGACAGUAUUCACGUGUCCAUCUCAACUUUCCGCGAACUGGUACUUGGGGAUGAAUAUCUGGUGGAAUAUUUCGAGCAUGGUCUUCCGUCCACUUUUGUUCUCAAGGAGAGGGAGGCUGUCCAGGUGACAGCAUCUGUGGUAAGCAAAGAGAUAGCAGAGUCGAUUUGGUCUGGUGGCCUGAAAUGGAUGGGAGGGAAACGCACACGUGUAUCAACCGACGAACAGAGGUCCGGUAUAAUAGAGGGAGAAGACAGUUCCCAGGCUCUUGAAGCAGAUGAGGAGGAAGACAGGGAACAGGUAGAGGAGGAUCAGGAACUCCUAAAAGAAGUUGAUACACUAUUUCGCGACGUCGUUGUCGACAGGCCCAGAGAGCCAGCUACUGAUGAAGGCGCUUUGCUCGCAUCAGUAGCAGGAACCCUAGGAGAACCAGCUGACAAACCAGAUACGGACAUGGAGCAAGAGAUAUUUAUGUAAUGAUGUUGACUUUAUAAUACACGAAAAUCUUUGUUAGGUCUACCGCCCAACUUGUCAAUCAUAAUACAUAUUCCCUGUACACGGUACAAUUCCUGCCGAUACCCAUUCAAUGCGCUUCAAGGAUCGAGAGGGAAAGUGCUACUACCAUGAGAACAUUAAUCGCCGUCUUGUUUUAUUCAGCGGCAGUUAACCUAGCCGAAAAGAGCUUUAUGUGAAAAGAAGAUGAAAAGAUUGUUCUUUUCAAGAGUUCAAGGGCAACGAGGAGCUAUGUGCUCUAUGGUCCGAUCGGCCAUCAUAGCUAAAAGCUGGAUUGAUGACAACAACUAAGAUAUGUAGUGGAUGGAGCUCAUAUCGUGCAUCGUUUUCCUUGUAAUCUACAAAUGUAAUGUGGGAUUAUCUUUGCAAUUUGACGCCUUCGGCCAACUGUAUAUUCACUCGGUUGGACCCAAACCUGAAAGCUUUGGUCAGGGAAAGGCGAAAGGAAAAAUGGAAGGUUAGGGUGAGGGUUGUCAG